UGUCUUUUUCAGCACUCGCGCAGGUGGACAGCUCCCAAAGGAACAAUGUAGUUUACGGAGCUCGUGUACAAACGCAGCUUAACACUAGCAUACAUCUAUACACCGCAUAGCCUAUAUGGGAGUGGGUCUGAUUAUUAUUUAUGAAAAAGGUGCAAAGCAUAUGCUUGAGUAAUACGUAACUAACGCAUGAUUCAUAAUGAUCAAAUGCAUGAAUUAAUGCAGGAUAUCUCGAAUUCUUAUUCCUGGCGUUAAGAAAUGAUGAAGGCACUAAUGUUUACGUUUAGAUUAGUUUAUGUUUAAUUAUAUGAAAUCUAAUAGAAAAUGGCAUUUCAGACCGAUGCUUUUGAUGUGCAGUAUCGGUUCUUAUUGAAGUAUCAAGCUGUUUCAAUCAAACAGUGUAACCGCGUUAUAAUAUCGCUGAAUGUCUCCACGUCGUGGUGUGUGUGUGUGUGUGUGUGUGUGUGUGUGUGUGUGUGUCCCUCUUGUUGUCAACCGGUGCCAUAUGGGAGAGAGUCAGCCUCGAUUAAGAGCAGGCUUACAUAUAUAUAGCUUUUGACCUGGAACCCCAUAAUCUACUUAAAUACUGCAGUUGAAAUAACGACAGCCUCAUUAUACACCCAUCACCCCGCUACUUGAAAUAAUUUAUUUUUAAAGCCACAAAAAGAGACACGGGUGAGAAAGCGUUCAAGGAGACGAUCGCAAUAGGUAAAAAAAAGAAAAGAAAAAAAAGGCCUUCACAAGGGUAUUAAGCGAGAACGCGCAGAGUAGCCAAUCAGAUACGUUGACCGUCAGACUGGCGUUUAUUUCUCCCUAUCGGGAGCGAGGCUAUUCCGCCAGGGCGGGGCCUUGAAGUUGCAGUGUUGUUAAAGACCAGACACAUGAGAGUUUGGUCGCGGUCAGUGUGCGCGUCUCCGGUUUCGAGGAACUGUGCGGAGCGCACGGAGCUCAGCAUGGACGACGGACUGAACUUCUGAAUCCGGGAUGACAAUUUACUUUGUGCCCUGAAGAAAUCUGCUCGUUUAGUUGCCAAAAAAUAUGGAGAAGGAUUUCCCAUCAACUCCAACUGCUGUCAACACCCAGGGGCCACGCCCUGUUGUGGAUGGACCCUCUCUUCCCCCUCCCAUACAGACCCCUCCUUCACUCGUCUCCAAUAACCUCCCUGCUGCUCCCUCUCACCCCGCCAAAUUACCAACAGAACCCAGAGAAUCUAAACCGAUGGAUUGCCCUCCAUCUGUAAAGGGGUCAAAGCCCUUAACUCCAUCCAAACCACCCAAACCCAUUUCCAGUCCCUCCUCUCCUCCUCCAUGCAAACCUCCACUUGUUUCUUCUCCCAGCCGCUCUACCCCUCAAAUCCCCCAAAUGGCAUCCCUUUCAAAGCUCAAAUCUGCCUCCUUUACAUCAGCUAGCGUGACCUGUAACUCUCUGACAGAUCCCCCUACUUCUUCCUCCACUGCUUCCACUGAGGCUCCCGCAGCCUCUUCCGCCACCCCAGUGAAACGCACCUUUGCCGCCACGGCCAAGCGGGUGAUAAUACAGGAAAGACUUCGGAAGGCCGAGGACAAUGCCAAUGAUGAGGAGGAAGAUGAAGAACCAGAAGAAGACUUGACCCUGGGGCAGAUAGAGGAGAAGGCCAAAGCCGGUGACGCCAGAGCCCAGACCCGGCUGGGUCAGCACCAUUUGAGUCUUGCUAAAGAGAAGGACACAGAGCUAAACAAUCGGCUGGCUGUUAACUGGCUGAUUAAAGCUGCUAAACAGGGAAGAAAAGGUGCUGCGAGUGCACUGCAGCGCUGUUGGAUCCAGAAAAAAGGAAUCACCCCAGAGAACGAGGCCGACAUGCGCAAGUUGUCAACAGAGAGUAGGUUUGAGCUGGCGGUGCGCAAAGCGGCCAUGAUGAUGUACUGGAAACUCAACCCGGACAGGAAGAAGAAGGUGGCUGUGGCUGAGUUGCUGGAAAAUGUCAGCCAGGUCAAUGCAGUGCAAGGUAGCACUGCAAGCCGGAUUCCUGGUCCAACCUCAGGCCAGACCCAGAAAGUCCUGGAGAGCAUGGUCAGCAAUGAGUCCACACAGUUGGUGGACCUGGACGACUUUGUUGAGAUGACUAAAAAGUAUGCACAAGGUAUAUCACCCCAAGCUGGCCGCCAGGUCACAGCCAAGACUGAAAGCCCCAAACCUAAUGACAGCAGCGGGGAGCACAAGGCUGAGCUGGUGCCAUCAGGAUACAAGAAUGCCUUCAAACGUUCUUGGAGUUUUGGCCGAAGUGGGAUGAUGAUGGACACGAGGCAGAACAGGGCCAUGAAAAAAGCCAUGGACAUGAAGUCGCGCUUAAUGGUGCUGCAGUACCCGCUGCGCGGCAUCGUCGAGAUGAAGGAGCACCUGGUGGACUGGGCGUCGCGGGCCGGCGUCCAGUGGCUGAGCACGGUCAUCCCCACGCAGCACGUCAACGCGCUCAUUUUCUUCUUCAUCAUCAGCAACCUGACGGUCGACCUGUUCGCUUUCGUCAUCCCCUUGCUCGUCUUCUACCUGUCCUUCAUCUCCAUGAUCAUCUGCACGCUGCGUGUCCUCCAGAGCAGCAAGACUUGGGAGAACUUCAAAGCACUGACGUCUCUGCUGACCCAUUUUGAACCCAGCCUGGACGUGGAGCAGGCCGAGACCAACUUCGGGUGGAACAACCUGGAGCCGUACCUCUACUUCAUCCUGUCCGUUUUCUUCGUCAUCUUCUCCUUCCCGGUAGCCGACAAGGGCUGGAUCCCCUGUUCUGAGCUCUCCACCGUGGCCAUCUUCUUCACUGCUGUUAGCUACAAGAGCCUCAGCCCCACAGCCGCGACGUACGCACGCCGAGCCAUGGUCAUAGAGGUUGCAUCAUCUCUGUGUUGCCUGACCCAGUUCCUGCCAAAGAACAUGACAGUGCUGCGGUGCCUGGGGCGCACCUUGGCCACGCUACCACUGGGGGAGUCGGUGGUGCUGAAGCUCAGCCUCCCCUGCCUGCUCUAUGUUUAUCUGUUCUAUCUGUUCUUCAGCAUGGCCAGGAUGCGUGGUUUCAAGGGGACUUACUGCUACCUGGUUCCAUACCUGGUGUGCUUCAUGUGGUGCGAGUUCUCCGUGGUGCUCCUCCAGUGCUCCUCCAUUGUGGGUCUAAUGCGCACCUGCGUGGCCUACUUCCUCUUCCUGUUCGCCCUGCCCGUUCUGGCUUUAGGCCUCGCCGCCAUGCUCUUCAUCCAGCUCUUGAAGUGGUUCCUGGAGCUGGAGCUGACGAAGGUUAUCGUGACCCUGGUAGUCUGCGCGAUCCCUGUCAGCCUGCGGCUGUGGACGCGGUUCAGCAUGUCCAUUCUGGAUGUCUUCCGCUCACUGACCGACCGCGGCCCAGUCAAGCUCAUCUUACUCUGCAUCUCCAUGGUGAUCCUGUUUUUCUCUAUCUACGUGUACCACGCAGAGGGGCAGAAGGUGUACAAUUCCACCCUGACUUGGAGACAGUACAGCCAGGUGUGCGGGCCCCCCGCCUGGGAAACCAAAGGCAUGGCCCAGACACAGCUGUUCUGCAGCCACCUGCACGGACACAGAGUCACGUGGGCGGGUCGUUUCAAGCACGUCCGCGUGGCCGAGACGGAGAAUGGGGCACAGUCGGUCAUCAACAUGUUGCCGGUGUUCAUGGGAGAAUGGCUGCGCUGCCUGUACGGAGAGACGUAUCCCAAAUGCGAGCCAAAGAACACCACUGUCUCAAACCUAACAGCCGAUUCGCCGUCGGCAACAGUUACGCUGCCCAUACUGCUCCGAAUGCAAGAGGAGGAAGAGAUGUGUCAGAUCAAGGCUCUGGCCAAACACUCCUGCCACAUCAAGCGCUUCGACAGCCACCUCUUUGAGGUGACCGUGGGGAUGCUCCGGAACGGAGGUGUGGGGGACCCAACUGGGGAUGUAAUCCUAAUGGCCAGCCAUGAGUUCAGGCAAGUCCUGCUGAACCUUAAUCCCGGCGAUAUGGUUGAGUUCGGCACCAAGCUGGAUGGCCGUCUAGGAGCCAAAGCUCCGGCCUUCGAGCUGAAGGCGAUCCACUGUCUGGACUGUGCUUCCUCCCUGCUGGCUGGAGGCCGGCAGGUGAAGUUUGAGAGGGACUGGAGACGCACCACGAUGAGAGCCCUAAAGUUCGCUUUUGAUUUUUUCUUUUCUCCCUUCCUGUUUGCAAAAAUCACUGCCUGACACUGAAGCUCAAGCAAUAAUGACUCACUUGGAUCUCUGCCUUUUUCUUGUCAUGUGUUCAUGUAACUAAUGUGACUUAUGGUAAUGUUUACAAUUUGAUCCAACAUGGAUCUACUGCUCACCUUUAUGUUGACAUUUCAGCUAGGUGACAGCAUUUUAUUUUAUUUGAAGUACUUCCUGUACUAGUGCAUGCGUUUACAAAGAUUUUAUCAUUUCAGUUCAUGUAUUUUGAAAGCAGUUCAAAAAUGGUCAGAUACCAGCUUUCACUUGGGACUCAUUGUCACAAUGACUUUGACUUAACUUUUUCUUGCCAAGAGAAAAUAAAUAUCUUCUAUUUGUGUCCAGGGUCUUACUUUCAGAAAGUUGAUGUUUCAAUAAGUUUUGUUCUAAAGAAGAACAAAACUUAAUUUGAUGGUGCCAAAUUAUAUGCAGGGAAACUAAUGUUGGGUGCUGACCACUUCUGAUCCCUAGAGACACUGUAUAUUUGAUAAAAGUGAAAUAUUAUCGGAGUAAAAGUUAUCUUUAAGAUAAAUGUUGCUGCUUUAGUAUUAAGGAAUGUCUUAAUAUUGGGAGUAUGUUUUGCAUGUACAGUUUGUGUGUUUACAUUAGUGCAUUUUUAAAUAUGCAUCUGCCUAUUUAUUUAUUUAUUUAUUUAUAUAGGUUGUGUGACAGAAUAUUUGUUUGUGGCUCUGUUAGCCAAGAUUUGUCUAGCUUUGUGGUCUUAAAACGCUCCGGUCUUAAUCUUAUUUGUGACUAAUGAUCAAAUGGUCCUGUGCCUUGAAUUACAAUGCACAUAAAAUGGCAUUUGGAAAGCAAACAUAAAACAUUAAUUCAGUUUUGAAGGGAGGCUGUUUAUAAGCCCACAAACUUGUGAAAGUGUCGUAGUCUCAGUUUCAUGGUUUGAUUUACACGCUCACACACCAAUCUGCCAAUGCAAAGAUGGCCAAUGGGGCAGCAACCUCAUUUAAAGUUUGCAUUUGUGGGCCCGCUGGAGGGAAGGGAGGCACUGGAA